GCCGAUUCCUCACACGCUCCUUUUCAGUGCGAUGCGCGUGCUCUACAAAUGACAAUGACCCUCGUCACUUCCAAUGAGCCUGUUCUGGAAACCCCAUUCUGGACCGACACCCUGAGUCCCAAAGAAGAUGGCCGGAUCCCAGUCCCACUCUUACCAGCUACAUACCGAAACAAAGAGCACGAAGUCCAUAUAGUAGGAAGUGAUCCGUACCACUUCCUAGAGAACGAUCUAGAUGUAGCGCGAUUAAAUCGCAUACACAAGUGGCUCUGGCUGGUCGGGCUCCCAGGCUCUCCCCGCCCGCUCCAUUAUCAGAUCCUGAAAAAGAGAGCCAUUGUCCUCACUGAGCAGAUGGAUCUUCAUCUCGUGUGGUCUCCGUCGCGGAUUCUCAUCAAACCUUUGCCCAGAUACCUCUUGUCGCCGCAGUUUUGGCAGACCAAUUUGUGUCCGCAUCCCUCGCUUUAUCGGAUCGCGCUGGGGUUUUUGUUAAGUUGGGUAGCUUUGAUAGAGAAAGAGAGUGAUUUCAAGCUCGCUAUGUUGAACGGGUUUCUACCGGAUGAUAUGACUUGGUCUGGAUGGCUGGUCGUGGCCGGAGAAGUCAUGCUAAAGCCUACUCCUUUCAGGACUCGAUUAUCUGAGCAUCGUACCAUUGGGGUGAUUAUUGACAACAAAGAGAUUGUGAACAAUCGGUUCUUAUACGGGGAACUACGAGUAGGGCGGCUGAACUGGAUCUAUCGAUUUGGACUUGGACAGCUCAGAGGCUAUUUGUCCAGCUGUACCACGUAUGCAUCUUUUGUUCAAGAGAACGUCAACUCAUUAAUCGCCCUUUUUGCCUACGCUACGAUAGUUCUUUCUGCGAUGCAAGUCGGGCUUGGAACAUCGUACCUUGCCGAUAGCGAGGUCUUUGACACCGCAUCGUCUGUGUUCACGCUAUUCUCGAUAUUCGCACCGUUGGCUGCGAUUGUGGGUAUAUUAUUAGUUCUUGCUGUCUUCAUCUUGUUCAACCUAUUUCAUAUGAUCAAAAAGCAAACGCGGCGAAGGCUGCAGCGAGACGGUGUAUGA